GUCCUGCGGCGCCCCGGGAGCACGCGGCAGCGGCGGGGCCAUGGGCGGGCUGGAGAAGAAGAAGUACGAGCGCGGCGCGGCCACCAACUACAUCACCCGCAACCGGGCCCGCAAGAAGCUGCAGCUGAGCCUGCCCGACUUCAGGCGCCUCUGCAUCCUGAAGGGAAUCUAUCCCCACGAGCCCAAGCACAAGAAGAAGGUGAACAAAGGCUCCACCGCUCCCAGGACCUUCUACCUCCUCAAGGACAUCAAGUUCCUCCUCCACGAGCCCAUCGUCAACAAGUUCCGGGAGUACAAGGUGUUUGUCCGGAAGCUCCGGAAGGCGUAUGGGAAGAGCGAGUGGGGCACCGUAGACCGGCUGAAGGACAACAAACCGACCUACAAGCUCGACCACAUCGUGAAGGAGAGGUACCCAACCUUCAUCGACGCUCUGCGGGACCUGGACGAUGCCCUCUCCAUGUGCUUCCUCUUCUCCACCUUCCCACGGACGGGCAAGUGCCACGUCCAGACCAUCCAGCUGUGCCGGCGCUUGGCCGUCGAGUUCCUCAACUACGUCAUCGCCUCCCGCGCCCUGCGCAAGGUCUUCCUUUCCAUCAAGGGCAUCUACUACCAGGCAGAGGUGCUGGGGCAGCCUGUCACCUGGAUCACCCCCUACACCUUUUCCCACGAUCACCCUACAGAUGUGGAUUACCGUGUGAUGGCCACCUUCACUGAGUUCUACACCACCCUGCUGGGCUUCGUCAACUUCCGCCUCUACCAGUCCCUCAACCUGCACUACCCCCCCAAGAUCGAUGGCCAGGCUGAUGCUGAGCUGAAGCCAGUGGAGGGCAAGGAGUACGCCAUGGAUUCAGAGAGCUACCUGGAGAAACUGUCAGCUCUGAGUGCCAGCCUGGCCCGUGUGGUGGCACCAACCCACGAGGAGGAGGUGGAGAUGGACGAGUUCCCGGUGGAGGGGGAGACAGCGGAGCAGAUGGAUGCGAGGAAGAAGGAGCAGGAGGCCCUGGAGAAGCAGAAGAAGCUGUUUGAAGGGCUUCGCUUCUUCCUCAACAGGGAGGUGCCUCGGGAGCCUCUGGCCUUUGUCAUCCGGUGCUUUGGCGGCCAGGUCUCCUGGGACAAGUCCCUGUGCAUCGGUGCCACCUACGACGUGAACGACCCCUCCAUCACCCACCAGAUCGUUGACCGGCCCCGCGUGGAGAAGCAGGUGGUGGGCAGGUACUACCUGCAGCCUCAGUGGGUCUUCGACUCGGUCAACGCCAGGCUCUGCCUGCCCCUGGCCGGGUACUUCCCCGGGGAGCUGCUGCCCCCCCACCUCUCGCCCUUCGUGGCCGAGCGGGACGGCGACUACGUCCCUCCCGAGAAGCUGAGGCUGCUGGCCCUGCAGCGCGGGGAGGAGCCCGGUGAAGAGAGUGAGGAAGAAGACGAGGAGGAAGAGGAGGAUGACAAUGACAAGGAAGAGGAGGAUGAUGAUGUCAAAGAAGAGGAGGAUGAGGAGGAGGAAAAUGAGUCUGAAAAGGAAGAGGAGAUGAAGUUGAAGAAGAUGGAAGAGCAGAAGACCCAGAGCAAUAAGGCCCUUCCCGUGAAGGUGACAGCUGGGAAGCUGAAGCUGGAGGACAAGCAGCGCCUGGAGCAGGAGCAGCAGAGCGAGGAGAAGCGUCUGGCCAUCAUGAUGAUGAAGAAGAGGGAGAAAUAUCUCUACAAGAAGAUCAUGUUUGGCAAGAAGCGCAAAGUUCGAGAGGCCAACAAACUGGCUGCCAAGAGGAAAGCCCACGACACGGCCCUCAAAGAGGAGAAAAAGAAAACCAAGAAGGCACGACGGGCGUGAGGGGCCUGGAGCUCCUCCCAGGUGUGGCUGCACCUUGUGGACACCAUCACUUUUGGGUGAAAACCCCUCAGCUUUUGUCCUGGGACAGAAAUGCUCAAUUAAAACCUUUCCCCAUCUGUAAAUCCACCCCCAUCCCGCUGUGCCUUGCCCAGGGCUGCCAGUGCCACUGCCUGUCCUGUGGGAUCAGUGUCAUGGGGACUGUCACCUUCACGCUGGUGCUGCAUCUCCUCCCAGUCCCGUGAGGAUGAGGUGGUGGCCAGGAGAAACUCUGGGCUCUUGUGGAUCUCUCCAGGUUUGAUCCUCCUGGAUUGGCACAGUGCUGGGCAGAGGAGCUGAGCUCCCGUGGGGGAGCAGGAGCUCCCCAGCUGGGCGGGACGAUGCAGCGUGUUUGGAGUUGGGGCACAAAGAGGGAGGCACCAAGAUGGUCCUGCCAUGGUGAGAGGGGCCCAUGGCAGCAGGGAGCCCAUGCCCUGCCCUGCCCCCCCCCAUGGACAGCCCCUCUUCUCUGUGGUUUUUAUUUGUCAUUAAAGGUGACACUUCCCAUG